AACAGAGAGCGGUAUUUACAUUCUAUCUUGCUCUCCCGUGAAACAGCUGAUUGGAUUGCGCUCUGUGAAUAUGUAAUAUUCGGCUAAGCAACUAAUUUAAAUUAUGAAAAUGCUGCAAUUAAGUCGAACUACAACAAAAACGCUGCUGCAACGCUGCCGCACACAGAGACUGCUCACCACAUGGUCUCCGUUAGCCACAGCAUUCAAUGCACCACCGGCUAAGCGAAUCAACUUUGCGCGCAACGAUGUGGGUCUGUUCCGCAUGCAAGAGCUGCGCUCAUCCGAUGGUUUCUAUCUGCUGCGCGAGAAUGUGGAGAACUCGACACAGGAGCUGAUUGCAGAAGCUACCUCCAGCAAAAGACAGCGCAAGAUGGUGGACAUCUUUGAUGAGCUCUCCGACUCGCUGUGCAAGGUAGCCGAUCUCGCGGAAUUUGUGCGCAUCGCGCAUCCCAAGAACAAAUACAUGCAGGCCGCCGAGGAGGCGUGCAUCAGCAUCUGUGGCGUUGUGGAGAGCUUAAACACGCAUAAACCACUUUAUCAGGCACUCAGCAAAGUGGUCCAUGAAGGUGACUCGAUGCACACCAGCGAGGUGGAUCGUCAUGUGGCCAAGUUGUUCCUAUUUGACUUCGAACAGUGCGGCAUUCAUCUGCCGGAGCAGGAACGUCUGCGAGUUGUGCGUCUCAAUGAUUACAUACUGCAGCUGGGCCAGAAAUUUAUGAAUGGCGCUGCGCAACCCACAGUGUUGCCCCGUCGCGCCGUUCCAGAGCAGAUACGCCACUACUUUCCCACUUCUGGCGACAACAUCAUUAUCACUGGUCUCAGCACGAAUUCCGCCAACGUGCAAAUGCGCGAGGCUGCCUACCGAUUGUACCUGCAGCCUUCGGACAGCCAGGAAGAGCUGCUCAAGGAUUUGCUCAUCUGUCGCAACGAACUUGCACGCAGCUGUGGGUUUGAGACCUAUGCGCAUCGUGCCCUUAAUGGCAGCACUAUGGAGAGUCCUGAACUCGUGCGCCAGUUCAUCGACGAGCUGACGGAGCAACUGCGUCCUCGUGCCGACGCUGACUUUGCUCAGAUGACUCGCAUGAAACGUAAGGAAAGCGGACAGCCGAAUGCGUUGGUUGAGAUCUGGGAUACGCCGUACUUUACCACACAGCUGAAGCGUCAAUCGCUCGAGGAGCAAGCUAACGAGUUCCUGCCCUACUUCUCGCUGGGAGGCUGCAUGGAAGGAUUGGACAAUCUGCUGCAUUCGCUGUACGGUGUGCGACUACAGACCGCUGAAAUGGAGCCGGGCGAGAGCUGGCACAGCGACAUCCACAAGCUGGCCGUGGUGCAUGACGAGGAAGGACUCCUCGGCUACAUCUACUGCGACUUCUUCGAGCGCAGCGGCAAACCCAAUCAGGAUUGCCACUUCACUAUUCAAGGCGGAAAGCGUUUGGCCGAUGGUAGCUAUCAGCUGCCCAUUGUGGUCGUCAUGCUGGGUCUGGCACAGCCACGCUGGACAGGACCCACGCUGUUAUCGCCAGCGCGGCUUGACAACCUGUUCCAUGAGAUGGGCCAUGCGAUGCACUCGAUGCUGGCGCGGACAGAGCAUCAACACGUGACAGGCACACGUUGUGCCACAGACUUUGCCGAGGUGCCUAGUGUUCUCAUGGAGUACUUUGCCAGUGAUCCGCGUGUGCUGCGCACCUUUGCCCGCCACUACCAGACCCACAAGCCCAUCCCGGAGGAUAUGCUGCAACGACUGUGUGCCUCGAAGCAUCUGUUUGCCGCCAGCGAGACCCAGCUCCAAGUCUUCUACUCUGCUCUUGAUCAGACGUAUCACGGUGACAUGGCGGUGCGGGGAGCAAAUACAACGGAGACGUUGCGUGCGGUGCAACAACGAUAUUAUGGAUUGCCCUAUGUGGAUGAGACGGCUUGGCAGUUGCGCUUCUCGCACCUGGUGGGCUACGGAGCCAAGUACUAUGCGUAUCUAGUAUCUAAAACGAUUGCAUCUUGGAUCUGGCAGACAUACUUUGAGGCGAAUCCCUUUAAUCGCCAGUCGGGGGAGAAAUAUCGUGCCGAGAUCUUGGCCCAUGGAGGCGCUGUGCCGAGCAGGAAACUUGUGGCCAAUUUCCUGCAGCGAGAGAUGACGCCACGCGUGUUAGCGGACAGUUUGAUACAUGAGAUUGACACGGAUGAGUCGAAGAUUAAGGAGCUAAUCAUUAGUAGAAACUAGAAAUGCUGUGUAAACAAUUCGUUUGUUGUGGUUUUUUUUAAUUAUAAUUAGUUAACUGCC